UCUCAUUGUAAUAUAUGAGCCCUGCAAGUUACAGUGAUGCAAGAAUGUUUUGUCUUUUCUCUCUGAUUUCUCUGCUUAUGAUUCCUGUGAACUGCAGCCAGAACUGGGAGGUUAAGUACUCCAGUAUGACGAAAUGUGCUCUAAAGUGUUCAACAAUAAAUGUAUCAGGCACUUAUAAACUCCCAAAUAAUCUCACAGUGACACAGACAUUCUGGACUGUAAACCCAUCUAAAGACGAGAGUAUCAAUCUGUUGGCUCAUCCAGAUUACAGAGGCAGAGUUCAGUUCUUCAAGAAUCAAGACGGAAUGAUCUUUCUCCGUCUCAGUAAUGUGACUCAUGAGGAUGAAGCAAUGUACUGCCUCAGAAUCCUGACAAAUGAAAAAGAGGAAAGAUUUCAGGGUUAUCCUGGGAUUGAGCUCAAAGUGACAGAACUCAGAGUGGAGAUUCCUGAAGAGAUAAUUGAGGGGAAAUCACCUGUUUUAUUUUGUAAGACCACCUGUGACCUCUCAGGUAAAACAGAAUUUACUUGGUAUAAAAAUGGCAAGAAUUUAUCCGAAUCGAUCGGCUCGAAUCAGCUGUUGCUGCAGUCGGUCAGCAGUGAUGAUACGGGGAACUACAGCUGUGCAGUGAGAAAUCAGAAACAUCUGCCGUCUCCUGCUGUCUAGCUAAAUUGGGCUAAAAUAGAAGACUCUGGCUGA